AUGGAGGCUAGACCAAGCCACCCAAACAUCCCAGCUGGCGACCAUAAAGCCUACAUGGAUUAUGCUCUCGAUCAAGCGCGUCUCUCACCUCCAGCCCCGACGAAGUUCUGCGUCGGAGCAGUUCUGGUCGAUGCCGACAAAAAUGAGAUCCUCUCAACCGGAUAUUCAAUGGAACUACCAGGAAAUCGUCCGGGAGAUCCAGGCAAUACCCACGCGGAACACUGCUGUUUCAUCAAAGUGGCCGACCAGCAUGAUAUUCCGGAGGACCAAAUUGGGAAGGUGUUGCCCCCAAACACUGUCCUGUACACGACCAUGGAGCCCUGCAACCGAAGGCUGAGCGGCAAUCGAACCUGCGUGGAGCGGAUACUCCAAUUAGGCGACGCAAUCAAGGUUGUCUACGUUGGAAUCAAGGAGCCGGAGAAAUUCAUCGGGGAAAACACGGGAAGGAAGCGACUAGAGGAGGCGGGCGUCUUGGUCCAGCUGGUGGAGGGCAUGGAAGAUCGUAUUACCGAGGUCGCGACAGCCGGGCACUAA